CACGAAGAGAGAGACCCAGAAAACCAAGCCCUCUGUUUUCUUCGAUAGCAAAACCACAGACACACCAAAAGCCCUACUGAAAAUGCUUCUCCAAUCGCCUAUUCACCAGUACAACGCUUACCUCUCCUCAUCCCUCUGCUACUCACGGCCGCUGCCAUGCAGGACUCCCACUUUGAACCUCUCCACAGCUGCAAAUUACCGGGGAGUGCCAAUCACAGUCACCUGCUCAAUCUCAAAAGUCCACAGCUAUGGGACUAUUGACUACGAGCGGAGACCCAUGGUGAAAUGGAACGCCCUAUACAAGAGAAUAUCGUUGAUGGAGAACCCUGAGUUGGGUUCUGCGAGCGUGCUGAACCAGUGGGAGAAAGAGGGCAGGAAACUCUCGAAAUGGGAGCUUUGUAGGGUGGUCAAGGAGUUGAGGAAGUUCAAGAAGCACAAACAAGCUCUUGAGGUAUACGAUUGGAUGAACGACAGAGGAGAGAGGUUUAGAGUAUCCACUAGUGAUGCUGCAAUUCAAUUAGACCUCAUUGCCAAGGUUCGUGGAAUUUCUGGUGCUGAAGAUUACUUUCUGAAGCUGCCUGAUACUUUAAAGGACAGGAGAAUAUACGGAGCUCUUCUAAAUGCGUAUGUGAAGGCUAACAUGAGAGAACAGGCAGAAUCUUUACUUGAAAAAAUUAGAAGUAAAGGUUAUGCCGUACAUUCACUUCCCUUCAAUGUGAUGAUGACUCUCUAUAUGAACCUCAAGGAGUACGAUAAAGUUGACUCAAUGAUUUUAGAAAUGAAGGAGAAAAGCGUACAGCUGGAUAUAUAUUCCUAUAAUAUCUGGUUAUCAUCUUGUGGAUCAGAAGGAUCUGCAGAAAAGAUGGAACAAGUAUUUGAACAGAUGAAACUAGACAGAACUAUUAAUCCCAACUGGACCACAUUCAGCACAAUGGCUACCAUGUACAUUAAGAUGGGGCAGUCUGAUAAAGCUGAAGAUUGCUUGAAGAAGGCGGAGAGUAGGAUAACAGGUCGGGACCGAAUGGCUUAUCAUUAUCUAAUAAGUCUUUAUGGGAAUGUUGGUAACAAAGAAGAGGCUUAUCGGGUGUGGACAGUUUACAAAACAAUUUUUCCAACUAUCCCAAAUUUGGGAUACCAUGCUAUAAUAUCUUCUCUUGUUAGGCUACGUGAUGUUGAAAGGGCAGAAAAAAUAUAUGAGGAAUGGUUGCAGGUGAAGUCAUCUUAUGACCCUAGGAUAGGAAAUGUUCUCAUGGGUUGGUAUGUUAGAGAAGGAGAUUUGGAUAAAGCCGAGAGUUUCUUCAACCAUAUGGUUGAUGUUGGAGGAAAGCCAAAUGCAAGUACAUGGGAGACUCUUGUUGAGGGGCAUAUUGGAGAGAAGAGGAUUUCUGAGGCUUUAUCCUGCUGGAAAGAAGCUUUUAUUUCUAAGGCAUCAAGGAGUUGGAGGCCAAAGCCUGCCAAUGUGUCUGCCUUCUUUGAGCUCUGUGAUGUAAAAGAUGACAAGGAGAGCAAGGAGGUGUUGGUUGGACUGUUGAGGCAAUCAAGAUAUCUUGAGAACAAAGAAUAUGCAUCACUAAUUGGCCUACCUCCUGGUGAUGUCAUCGGUAAUGAACUGUCAGUGGGGAUUGAUAAAACAAAGGUUAACAAUGAGGGCGAUGAGGACGAGAAUGAUGGGUCCGAAAUGCUUCUCAACCAAUUUCAGGGUAGUGUGUGAUAGUUAUGCUUCUGUUGUAUACAUUGGAAUUUCGAUUAUUAGCCCAAAAGGUGCAGGAGGGAAGUUCUUGCUGAAGUGGAUUUCUUUCAAGUUCCAAAGAGCUCUCACGAAAGUGGCGGUUCAGUAUUAUUAUAGAGUUCUGCUAAUAGUUGCCAAGGAUAUGGAUUUUGGAAUUUCUCCAUUGGGCCUUGGCAUCCAUGCGCGUGUUAAAGCAUGAAACUUUGCUUGCUGAGGAAUAUCUCAGAUGUUUGUGUCUGAAUUUCUUCUCCCAUUAUCUUCUGUUGGACUCAUUUUUGUGUAUCAUUGUCGCUUUUGGAUCAUGCAAGUCAAGUUUUUCCUGCUUUUACUGUUAGCGGACGCAAUAUGAGUCAUGUUACCGAUUGUGGCUUCAAGCUCAAAUUCCAAUUUAAUCCGUUUCUUCA